CUCAAAAUUGUCACGCUAUAUAUAUUAAUCGAAUACCUCUACCGUCUAUCCGAUGAUCCAAACAAUAAAUUAUCUGUAAUCCUCUCUUGAAUCUCACUACUUUUUCCUAGCUAAUAAUAAUAAUAAUAAUAUCCAUGGAUUCAGCUCCAAAGGACAAACCCGCCGAGCAUGACCGUCAACCCUCUGCCUCUGAGCUUCUCGCGAGUGCCAAGUUAGUGUCCGAGGCAGCUCAAGCCUCAUUCGGUAAUGAAAGAGACAAGAUAGACAAGGUCAAAGUAGCUGCUGCUGCAGAAGAUCUUCUUGAAGCUGCCUCCAAGUAUGGCAAGCUGGAAGAGAAAGGCUUGGGCCAGUAUAUAGAGAAGGCUGAGAAUUAUCUCCACCAUUACCAUUCUAGUUCCCAGCCUACCACCACCCCCAGCACUACUGGUUCUGGCCACACAGCCCCUGUUGAAAAACAUAAAUCUUCCGUCCCGCCGUCGACUGAUGGUAAUAAUGACAAGUCUGGAGAUGGGCUCGGGGGAGCUUUCAAGAUGGCUCAAGGAUUCUUCAAGUAGCCUUGAUAUAUAUAUAUAUAUAUAUAUAUAUAUAUAUAUAUAUAUAUAUAUAUAUUGAAAUUAAUUCUGUGCAAAUAAAUUAAUGUGUCCAGUACUAUAUUCCAUUGCUUUUAAAUUCCAGUCAUAAUCCUUUAUAUAUACGCUCGCGCACUGAAGUUUAAUUGCUCUUGGAGCUUAAUUAUAUUCGACUCCGGCCAUGAAUGUGUCAACUCUUUAAUUUAACGUGUUAGUUCUACUUCUGGUUUUUUAUUGUAAAUUCAUUUUCGUUGCCUUAGUCAGCACAGCUAGUUUCAUUAUUACUCAGCCUGGUGACAAAGAUGACGAUCCUGUUGACCAUGCCGGAGUCGAUUAUUUGUUAUCAUUUGUUCCCUAAUUAGUCCUAGAAAAACCCUGCAAUAUCGGAUACAUAUGCUAAU